UUUCUUUCUUUCUUUCUUUUUUCUUCCUCUCUCCGGCACGUUGUUGUUGUUAUUAGAAAGGCUUCGCGCACCCCCUGGUGCUCCGGCGUUCUGUGCGGCAGGAGAAGAUUGUCUUCCUUCUCUCUUUCUGUCUUGCUUUCUCUCCCUCCGGUUGCUCAUUAUUCAGAGAGAGACACAGAGGGAGGGAGAGAGAGAGCGCGCGAGGGAGAGGGAGGAGAGGAGAGAAGGGGAGAGAGAGGGGAGAGAGGGUGAGAGGGAGGGAGGGAGGGAGAGAGAGGCAGAGGCAGAGGGAGACGGAUAUCUCAGGUCAUCUGCAGCUGCAGCGAGUCUGAGGAGCCGAGGAAGGCAGGGAAGAUGGCGAUCCUCCAUUGCUGAGACCCGGCAGAAGCACAUGAGACUCCCAAACAACUUCCACAACAAUAACCCGAGCAGGAAGAGGAGAAAGAGAAAGAGGAUAAGGCGGCGGUGGGGCCGGAGAACCCGAAACACCUCCCGGCGCCGGGACGCUUCUUCUGUUCCUAAUGUGAGAGAGUAGACCCAGAUCAUGGAGGUGCUUCAGUGUGAUGGCUGUGACUUCAGAGCCCCAUCUUACGAAGAUCUCAAGGCGCACAUUCAGGAUGUCCACACAGCGUUUCUGCAGCCAACUGAUGUCGCUGAAGACAAUGCUGAUGAGCCACGAUCCGGGUCCAUGAAUGCCAGUAAUCAGACAGAGGUGGAGUUUUCUUCUAUAAAGGAUGAAUUUGCGAUUGCAGAAGAUUUAUCAGGUCAAAAUGCAACUGCACUGGGGACUGGAAGUUACUAUGGCCACAGUUCAGGAUAUUACAGUCAGCAUAUUGUCCCGAAUCCCAGACCAACAAACAAGUUUUUUCAGUGCAAGUUCUGCGUACGCUACUUCAGGUCAAAAAACCUCCUCAUUGAACACACCAGGAAGGUCCACGGAGCUCAAGCUGAAGGGAGUUCGGCGGGACUCCCUGUUCCAGGAUCCUUAAAUUACAAUAUCAUGAUGCAUGAGGGAUUUGGAAAGGUCUUCUCUUGCCAGUUUUGCACAUACAAGUCACCAAGGAGGGCAAGAAUAAUCAAGCAUCAGAAGAUGUAUCACAAAAGCAAUUUGAAGGAGACCACUGCUUCCCUCCCCACCCCUGCUCCGAUGCCAGACCCCAUGGUCCCACCCGUGUCCCUGCAGGAUCCCUGCAAGGAAUUGCCUGCAGAGGUCGUAGAGCGCAGCAUUUUAGAAUCCAUGGUCAAGCCUUUGACCAAAUCUCGAGGUAACUUCUGCUGUGAGUGGUGCAGCUACCAGACCCCUCGCCGUGAACGCUGGUGUGACCACAUGAUGAAGAAACACCGCAGCAUGGUCAAGAUCCUCUCUAGUCUCAGACAGCAGCAAGAAGGGACUAAUCUGCCUGAUGUGCAGAACAAAAGUGCUCCCAGCCCCACUUCCAACUCCACCUAUCUGUCCAUGAAUACUGCAAGCCGGGAGAUCCCCAGCACCAACGUCUCCAACUACCGGGGCUCCAUCAGUAACUCCAUCAUGAGACCCAAUGCUUCUUCCACUUCCAAGUUUUCGCCCAUGUCUUACCCCCAGAUGAAGCCCAAGUCACCUCACAAUUCCGGCCUAGUGAACUUGGCAGAGAGAUCCCGUUAUGGAAUGGCUGACAUGACCAAUUCUUCUGCUGACCUGGAAACUAACAGCAUGCUGAAUGACUCUAGUUCUGAUGAAGAGUUAAAUGAAAUAGACAGUGAGAAUGGUUUAAAUGCUAUGGAUCACCAGGUAUCAGGCAUGUCUGCCGAACAGCUGAUGGGCUCAGAUGGCAACAAAUUAUUGGAGACCAAGGGAAUUCCAUUUAGGAGAUUCAUGAAUAGGUUCCAGUGCCCCUUUUGUCCUUUCCUCACCAUGCAUCGGCGUAGCAUCUCCCGUCACAUAGAGAACAUCCACUUAUCUGGAAAGACAGCUGUCUACAAAUGUGACGAAUGUCCAUUUACUUGCAAGAGCUCAUUAAAACUUGGGGCUCACAAACAGUGUCACACGGGUACAAUGUCAGAUUGGGAUGCUGUGAAUUCCCAGAGCGAAGGCAUUUCUUCCUCACUGAAUGAAGGUGUAGUGGCCUAUGAGAGCUCGAGCAUCAAUGGCAGAAAGUCGGGAGUCAUGUUAGAUGCCUUGCAACAGCCGCCACCACCGCCCCCUCCCCCGCCCCCAUCACAGCCACAGCCUGCACAUCAGGUGCCGCCCCAGCCCCCACCCCCACAGCCGCAGCCCCCCGUGCCAGCCCCGCCCCUGCACCCCUACAAGUGCACCAUGUGUAAUUACUCCACCACAACCCUGAAAGGGCUAAGGGUUCAUCAGCAGCACAAACACUCAUUCUGUGACAACUUGCCAAAAUUCGAGGGGCAGCCCUCAAGCCUACCAUUGGAAUGCGAGACAGACAGCCACCCCUCUUCCAGCAACACUGUGAAGAAAAGUCAGACCUCAAUUCUUGGGUUGUCCUCCAAGAACAAUUUUGUAGCUAAGGCCUCUAGGAAGCUCGCUAAUGACUUUCCUCUUGAUUUAUCACCCGUGAAGAAGAGAACCAGGAUUGACGAGAUAGCAAGCAACCUGCAGAGCAAAAUUAACCAAACCAAACAGCAGGAAGACGCAGUGAUCAAUGUCGAGGAUGACGAGGAGGAAGAGGAAGACAAUGAAGUGGAGAUAGAGGUUGAACUGGACAGGGAAGAAGAGCCAGCCGAGCCGAUCCUGGAGGUGCCCACUCCGUUUUCAGCCCAACAGAUUUGGGUGAGAGACACCAGUGAGUCCCAGAAGGAGCCCAACUUCAGAAGUGUCACCCACGACUACAAUGCCACCAACGGGGCUGAGAUUGAGCUCACCCUUUCUGAAGAUGAAGAGGAUUAUUACGGCUCUUCGACGACCAUGAAAGAUCACCAGGUUUCCAGUACGGCUCUGCUAAACACCCAGACUCCUAUGUAUGGAACUGAGCACAACAAUGAAAAUACAGACUUUAGUGACUCUGGAAGACUUUACUAUUGCAAACACUGUGACUUCAACAACAAAUCUGCCCGGAGUGUCAGCACCCACUACCAACGAAUGCACCCGUACAUUAAAUUCAGCUUUAGGUACAUCUUGGACCCCAAUGAUCACAGUGCAGUGUACAGGUGCCUGGAAUGCUACAUCGAUUAUACCAACUUCGAAGAUCUGCAGCAGCAUUACGGCGAACACCAUCCAGAAGCCAUGAACGUGCUCAACUUUGACCAUUCGGACCUGAUCUACCGGUGUCGGUUUUGUUCCUACACUAGCCCGAAUGUGAGAAGCCUGAUGCCACAUUACCAAAGAAUGCAUCCCACGGUUAAGAUUAACAAUGCAAUGAUAUUUUCAAGCUAUGUCGUGGAGCAGCAGGAGGGACUGAGUACGGAAUCGCAGACUCUGCGGGAGAUUCUGAAUUCGGCUCCCAAAAACAUGGCAACUUCCACUCCUGUGUCUCGUGGUGGUGGUAUGCCGGCUACGUUUAAUAAAAACACUCCUUCAAAGACCUUUUCUCCAGAAUGUGAAAAUCAGAAGGACCCCUCAGUUAACACCGUUGUCGUUUACGAUUGUGAUGUUUGCUCAUUCGCCAGCCCCAACAUGCAUUCUGUCUUGGUUCAUUAUCAGAAGAAACACCCUGAAGAAAAGGCUUCCUACUUUAGGAUCCAGAAAACCAUGCGAAUGGUGUCUGUGGACAGGGGCUCUGCCCUUUCUCAAUUAUCAUUUGAGGUGGGUGCUCCAAUGUCUCCCAAAAUGUCCAACAUGGGUUCCCCACCCCCCCCACAACCCCCGCCACCAGACCUCAGUACUGAGCUUUACUACUGCAAACACUGUUCCUACAGCAAUCGGUCAGUUGUGGGAGUACUUGUCCACUACCAGAAAAGACACCCAGAAAUAAAGGUUACUGCCAAAUAUAUCAGGCAGGCUCCUCCCACAGCUGCAGUGAUGAGAGGGGCUGAGGGGCCCCAAGGCUCCCCUCGGCCACCUGCCCCCAUGCAGCUGAACCGAAGCAGCUCUGAGCGAGAUGGCCCCCCUGUGGAGAACGAGAUGUUCUUUUGCCAGCACUGUGAUUAUGGGAACCGGACGGUCAAAGGUGUCCUCAUUCAUUAUCAGAAGAAGCAUCGAGACUUCAAGGCCAACGCGGAUGUGAUCCGGCAACACACGGCCACCAUUCGAAGCCUCUGUGAUAGGAACCAGAGGAAGCCUGCCAGUUGUGUGCUUGUCCCCGCCUCAAAUGUGGAGCGGGACAAAACGAAACUCCGAGCACUCAAAUGUAGGCAGUGCUCCUAUACCUCCCCCUACUUUUAUGCACUGAGGAAGCAUAUCAAGAAAGACCACCCUGCCCUGAAGGCCACCGUCACAUCCAUCAUGCGGUGGGCGUUCCUAGAUGGCUUGAUAGAAGCUGGCUACCACUGUGAGUGGUGCAUCUAUUCGCACACAGAGCCCACUGGCUUGCUCCUUCAUUACCAGAGGAGGCACCCGGAGCAUUACGUCGACUAUACUUACAUGGCUACUAAACUCUGGGCUGGGCCAGACCCAUCCCCUCCCUCUCUCACGAUGCCAGCUGAAGCCAAAACAUACAGAUGCAGAGACUGUGUUUUUGAAGCUCUCUCCAUCUGGGACAUCACCAAUCACUACCAAGCAUUCCACCCCUGGGCCAUGAAUGGUGACGAGUCGGUGCUCCUGGACAUAAUUAAGGAGAAAGAUGCUGUGGAGAACCCCCUUCCUCCAACCGAAGAGUUGGUGGGCCCCAUGAGUUGUGAUAACACUAUGCCCCCUCCACUCCCCGAGCAGGAAGCUGAAUGCCCAGAGGAUGCAAGCCUUUCCCCAGAGAAGAGCAUCCAACUAGCUUCCGCCAACCCCGCCAUAUCCUCCACCCCGUACCAGUGUACCGUGUGCCAGUCAGAGUAUAACAACUUGCACGGCCUUCUCACCCAUUAUGGGAAGAAGCACCCUGGCAUGAAAGUGAAGGCCGCCGACUUUGCCCAGGACAUCGACAUUAACCCCGGCGCCGUCUACAAGUGCAGGCACUGCCCAUACAUCAACACCCGCAUCCAUGGCGUCCUGACCCACUACCAGAAGCGACACCCGUCCAUCAAGGUGACCGCCGAGGACUUCGUGCAUGAUGUGGAGCAGUCUGCCGACAUAGCCCAGAAUGACGUGGAGGAGACGAGCAGGAUCUUCAAGCAAGGGUACGGUGCCUACCGCUGCAAACUGUGUCCGUACACUCAUGGCACUUUGGAGAAGCUCAAAAUCCACUAUGAGAAGUAUCACAACCAGCCUGAAUUUGAUGUCUUUUCCCAGUCGCCCCCGAAGCUGCCAGUGUCCCUUGAGCCCGAGAUAACCACUGAAGUGAGCCCCUCCCAAGUGUCCAUCACUGAGGAGGAGGUGGGAGAGGAGCCCGUGUCCACUUCUCACUUCUCUACCUCACACCUGGUCUCCCACACUGUGUUCCGGUGCCAGCUCUGCAAGUACUUCUGCUCCACCAGGAAGGGGAUUGCCAGGCACUACCGCAUCAAACACAACAAUGUCCGGGCGCAGCCGGAGGGCAAGAACAACCUGUUCAAGUGCGCUCUGUGUGCCUACACCAACCCCAUCCGCAAAGGGCUGGCGGCCCACUACCAGAAGCGCCAUGACAUUGACGCAUACUACACGCACUGCCUGGCGGCCUCCAGGACCAUCAGCGACAAGCCCAACAAGGUGAUCAUCCCAUCCCCGCCCAAGGAUGACUCCCCGCAGCUCAGCGAGGAGCUCCGGCGCGCAGUGGAGAAGAAAAAGUGCUCCCUUUGUUCCUUCCAGUCCUUCAGCAAGAAGGGCAUCGUGUCCCAUUACAUGAAGCGCCACCCGGGGGUGUUCCCAAAGAAGCAGCACGCCAGCAAGCUGGGGGGCUACUUCACCGCCGUCUAUGCCGACGAGCACGAGAGGCCUGUGCUGAUGGAAGAGGAAGAGAGAGGCAGCUUUGAAAAAGCCGAGGUGGAGGGAAAUGAAGCGCAGGAAAUCGAGUGGCUCCCGUUCCGCUGCAUCAAAUGCUUCAAGCUCUCCUUCAGCACGGCAGAGCUGCUGUGCAUGCAUUACACUGACCACCACAGUCGGGACCUGAAGAGGGACUUCGUCAUUCUGGGCAACGGCUCCCGCUGGCAGAACUCCGUCUACCAGUGUAAGCACUGUGAUAGCAAACUGCAAAGCACAGCGGAGCUGACCUCACACUUGAACAUUCACAAUGAGGAAUUCCAGAAGCGUGCCAAACGCCAGGAGAGGAGGAAACAGCUUUUGAGCAAGCAGAAAUAUGCAGAUGGUGCAUUUGCAGAUUUCAAACAAGAGAGGCCUUUUGGUCACUUAGAAGAGGUGCCAAAGAUCAAGGAGAGGAAGGUGGUGGGCUACAAAUGUAAAUUCUGUGUGGAAGUGCACCCGACGCUGCGAGCCAUCUGCAAUCACCUCCGGAAGCACGUCCAGUAUGGCAGUGUCCCCGCCGUGUCGGCCGCCGUGAAGCAGGAGGCUGAGGACCCUUCCCACUUGUUCUUGGAUGGACUGGAAGCUGCCAAAGAUGCCGGCGGCACCCUGGUGGACCGGGUGGAUGGUGCACACUGCUUGCUUGAUGGAAUGUUGGCGGAUGAAACCCGGCCGGGGGGAUACCAUUGUAGUCAAUGUGACCGAGUCCUGAUGUCCAUGCAGGGGCUGCGUUCUCAUGAGAGGAGCCAUCUGGCCCUGGCCAUGUUCACCCGUGAGGACAAGUACAGCUGCCAGUAUUGCUCCUUUGUUUCUGCUUUCAGACACAACUUGGAUCGCCAUAUGCAAACCCACCACGGACACCAUAAACCAUUCCGAUGCAAACUCUGCUCCUUCAAGUCCUCAUAUAACAGCCGGCUGAAAACACAUAUACUCAAAGCUCAUGCUGGUGAACAUGCCUACAAGUGUUCUUGGUGCUCAUUUUCCACCAUGACAAUCAGCCAGUUGAAGGAACACUCCCUCAAGGUCCACGGGAAAGCCCUGACCCUCCCCAGGCCACGAAUUGUCAGCCUUCUCUCCUCGCAUGCCCACCACUCCUCCCAAAAAGCUACCCCGGCAGAGGAAGUGGAAGACUCUAAUGACUCAUCCUACUCAGAACCUCCAGAUGUUCAGCAGCAGUUGAACCACUAUCAGUCCGCUGCUCUGGCAAGGAACAACAGCCGUGUUAGCCCUGUGCCUCUCUCGGGGACCCCUGGGGGCGCUGAGCAGAAAACCGAGGCUGUUCUUCACUGCGAAUUCUGUGAAUUCUCCUCUGGCUACAUCCAGAGCAUCAGACGCCAUUACAGGGACAAGCAUGGCGGGAAGAAGCUCUUCAAGUGCAAAGACUGCUCCUUUUAUACAGGCUUUAAAUCUGCUUUUACUAUGCACGUGGAAGCCGGGCACUCAGCGGUUCCUGAGGAGGGUCCCAAAGAUCUUCGCUGUCCUCUCUGCCUCUAUCACACCAAAUACAAACGCAACAUGAUUGACCACAUCGUGCUGCACCGAGAAGAGCGAGUUGUCCCCAUUGAAGUUUGCCGUUCCAAACUGUCAAAAUACUUGCAGGGAAUAGUUUUCCGCUGUGAUAAAUGUACUUUCACCUGCUCCAGUGAUGAGAGCCUCCAGCAACACAUAGAAAAGCACAAUGAACUGAAACCUUACAAAUGCCAGCUCUGCUACUUUGAGACCAAGCACACGGAGGAACUGGACAGCCACCUUCGGGACGAGCAUAAGGUGAGCCGUAACUUUGAGCUGGUUGGACGGGUUAACUUGGAUCAGCUGGAACAGAUGAAGGAGAAGAUGGAGAGCUCCAGCAGCGAUGACGAGGACAAGGAAGAAGAAAUGAGCAGCAAAGCUGAUGACAGAGACCUGAUGAGAUUUUCUGACCGUGGGGCCGCUAUUAACACAGAGAAGCGAUUUCCAUGUGAAUUCUGCGGACGGGCAUUUUCACAGGGCUCUGAGUGGGAAAGGCAUGUGCUGAGACACGGCAUGGCAUUGAAUGACACCAAGCAGGUGAGCAGAGAAGAAAUCCACCUGAAAGACAAUGUGGACAGUAUUAAGAUGCCCUCUAUAGAAGAAAAGGAAGAUGACGAGGCAGUCGGCAUAGACUUUUCCCUAAAGAAUGAAACGGUAGCCAUCUGUGUAGUCGCUGCUGACAAAUCUCUCCUGGAGAAUGCAGAGGCCAAAAACGAAUAAGUAUUUGGUGAAACCCUAAAUCAAACCUUACUUGAACCGUGAUGAAAAAGUGGGAGGGCCAGCUUGGGCUGAGAAGGGGGGGGACAGAAAAGAGAAGACCGAACAAAGCUGCUUUUUAGGACUGAACAAUCUAUUUUCAAAGCACUGGUACCUGUGUGAGUGAGUAUGUAAAUUAAAGUUAUUUAAAUGGUUGGAAUAUGUGGCUCCUUUUCCAUCACCCCAUCUUUUCUUCCGGAUCUUCAUCAUGGAAGUAUCAUUUGUUGCGGAACACGGAAGCACCUCCCGUGCACACAGUGUGCUUGGUGGGGGUCUCGGACAGUAUAUGGAAACAGAAGCUCCAUGACAGUAGAAGACUUCUCUUAGGGGAACAACUUUUUGACGCACAACUUUUGGUGCGUUUUUCUAGUUUUAAUACCUUCAGCUUUUUCAAGACCUAACUGCAGCCGCUUUGGGAAAAAAAACAAAAAACCAACAAAAAACAGAAAACAAAAAAACUGCUUUGCAUAAAAACAGUCACCUGUUUCCUAGUACCUCAAACUUAACCAAGGGAAUUCUCUGCAUUUGUCAGUACUACCUGUGGUCUUUGUGGUUAAAUGUAGAGAGAACUGCUGGGCAAGAUGGUGAAUGGAGAAAAAAAAGAGUUUUAAAGAAAGGAACACAAAUUGUGCUUAAAAUCCCCACGUGGGUUUUAUUUCUUAAAAUACUGUGAUUUUUUUAAUUAUUUUAGUAAAAAACAAAACAAAAAAAAGAAACAGACUUUAAUUAUUAGAUAACUGUUUGUGAAUUGUCAUCCUUUAUUCCAGGUAAGCUGUUUAUUAGUGUUCAACUAUAAUUUAGAAUCUGGUAGAUUCAUGUGAGCUAAUUUUAAGGUGACUGUGGAGUUUUUGUUUGCCACGUUUAUUUUCUAUCAGUUUGAGUGUUACAAACACAGCACAAUUCAGUUUUUCAUAUAAAUUGUUUUUUGGUGUGUGUGUGCGUGUUAUUGUUUUAAUUUGGGGGCAAGGGAGAUUUAGUUUCUUGUGAAUAGGAAUGUUUUUAUUUUAAACAUGGAAAUAACAAAGAAGUUAACUUUUUUUUAAUUUAACUAAAGAACCAAACUUUUCGGCACAGCUAUGCAGCUUGUGGGCCAGAUGAGGAUGUCCUCUUCACCCUUUUGUUGCUUGUCAAAUUAACACAUUAUCUGUCUCACACAAAUAAUUUCUGUUAGGGUGGGCUGGCUUUUGUGUGUGAUUUUAAAAUCUGUGUUCUGUUUUUGUUUGCAUUGUGUUUUGGGGGUUUUCUCAUUUAUUUCGCAGGCAGGGGGAUGUGCUAGAAUCCCAUCCCUUUGGUGAGAGUGGACAAGAAAUACUUAUAUUUUACAAGGAGCCUGGAGAACUUUUUUUUUUAAAAUCUAGCUGCCAGCUGCUUGGUUUCCCCAUAUUAGUUUUUUCAGGAGGGAGCAGCUUAGACUAAAUCUAAGUCUACAUUUAUAAUGUUCUGAUUGAACAAAGGGUUUUGCUCCAAAAAGUAGAAAAAACUUUCCUUGAAGCCUAGGUUUUAGCAGCCUGUGUGCACGCGUGCUUGGAUGUGUGUGUGUGCUUGUGCGCAUGUGCGUGUGUGUGAAUUCUUUGGUUUUCAUGUUUUGUUUUUUUUUUUACUUGGAAGGGUUGCGGGAGGGGGAGGGAAGUAAGGGAAGGGGGAUUGCUGAGAUGACAGUGUCCCACACAGCUUCAAAUAAAAUCCAUGGAAAGAUACUGCAUUUGUGGAAUAAGUGCUUACUUGAAAAGCAUGUUCUUCUUUUAUUUUCUUGCUGUUGAGAAUUUUUAUUUGUAGGGCAUUUGUUUUAAUUUAAUUUCUUUUUUUUUAGGGAUGGGGGCCAUCAUGUGGAAACCAGAAAAUGGGGAAAGUGUGAACUAUCUAAAGAUUCGUUCUGUGUCCAUAUUUGUUUUUAAUUGGCCUCAUUUCAGAUGUAUUAAACAGUUCCAUACCUGGAUUGGGUGUGUGUAAUGGUUACCAAAAAACAAACAAACAAAAAAAAAUAGAAAAAAAAAAGAAAGAAAAAGGAAAAAAAAAAGAAAAUAAUUGUGACAUGCUUUUAUCACUACUUUAUUUUUCAAUAACAUGUAAAUAUUGUAAUCCAUUGGAUUUUGUUUUGCUAACCUGUUAAUAAAAAUAUGGGACCAUUAUCCUUUUAACAAGGCUAGAAUGUCAUUUUUUUCUUUUUUCAAACAUACCGCAUAUUUUGUGGCCGCACAUUUUGGAUGCAUUAUUAUAAUUCUGUUGACUGUAAUUACAUAGAAUUUACAACUUUUUUUUUGUUUGUUUAAUUUAUACAGAGGACAUUUUUUUUCAGAGCUUAAGAGAAGAAAAUAAAUAGCAAAAUGAUAACCUAUUGACUCCAAUAAUCAGUGUUUCCCAAUACUUGCUAGAAGAUAGGGAGAUCUGAGUUCUUGAAGCCAAGGGUUUAAAAAACAACAAAAAACACACAAGUAGGUUAUUCAAGUUGUUUGCAACAUACAUUUUGUAAUGAAAUGUGAGAAAUUAAUAAAGAAUUUUUUUCACAUGU